GCGCCGGCGCGUCGCUGGGGACGCCGGACCGAGACUCCUAACCCGGGGCACGAACCGUGUCGCCCCGCCCACGGGAGUCUUUGUCCCGUUAACUGUCCGGUGGUGGAGAGAGGGCUGCGGCCCGGAGGCGGUGGCGGCGGCGGAGACAUGCCCGUACGCUUCAAGGGUCUGAGUGAAUACCAGAGAAAUUUUAUGUGGAAAAAAUCACAUCUCUCAGAGUUAACUAAUUCUCCAGAAAGUCAAAAAAGUCCAUGGGCUGGACUUCGAUCAGAUCAAAUAGGAAUCACAAAAGAACCGAAUUUUAUCUCAAAGAAAAGAGUUCCUUAUUAUGACCCAGAAAUUCCCAAAUACCUGGAGUGGAAGGCAGAAGAUGCCUCUGAGAAUGAUUUGGUUGUAUUCCCAGAACCUGAAGUUCCAGAAAUGCCCAAAUUGCGGGAAACCAAAGAAAAAGGUGACCUGAAUGAAGAAAGAAUUGUAACCCCUGAGGCCCCUAGAGUGCCCAAGAGGGUUCGCUCUCACUCUGCUCACUCUCGAGUUGAAGAAGCUGGUGACCCUGUGGAUAACACUAAAGAAGCGAUUUCGGAUCUGACACCAAUGGAUAGGAAUGCAGAAGCACAAAAGUCUACCCGAGGUCUUUCAGAAAAUGUCCCUAACGCGCAUUUGGACAGGAUUCUACGGAGGAAAGCAGGAUUGCCUGUUGUUGCUCCCAUAUAUAAUUCCCUCAGAAAUUCUGAAUAUCAAAGACAAUUUGUAUGGAAGACCCCAAAGGAGAACUCCCCAGUUCUUGCGGCCGAUCAGGUUUUUUUUAGUAAAAAUAAAUCUGUUCCACCAUUCAAAGUUGAUGUAACUAUCCCUGAAACAGAAUACAAGAGGAAUUUCAAAGGUUUAUCUCCAAACAAAGAGAGAAGACAUAAGCAUGAUUUGAAAGAGAAUGAAAAUCCCGAUAUUGACUCCCCUGAGAAGAGCAGUAAAAAAGAAAAUUUAUCAAAACAGAGGGAAGCAGAAAUGGAACCAAAAGACAAAAUGUCUCCCCAUAAAUAUCAAAGGAAAGCAAACACUGAAUAUAGAACUAAAUUUUUGUCCCCGUCUCAGUAUUUAUACAGAGAUGGAGCUUGGAAACGGGUGAGGGAAAACACGCUGAAUCAGGGUUCUCAAAACACUUUAAAUGCCCUGUGGUACGCUGAGGUCAGAGAACUUCGAGAGAAAGCAGAGUUUUAUAGGAAACGGGUACUUGGGACACAUUUUUCCCGGGAUCAUCUGAACCAGAUUCUCUCUGAUAACAAUUGCCUAUGGGAUGUCUCUUCUGUGUCCAGCUCAGAAGGCACUAUUAGUAACAACAUCAGAGCCCUAGAUCUUGCUGGAGUUCCUGCAGGUCACAAGGCAUUGCAGAGCCAUGAUUCCAAAAAAAUAGCUGAAGAAAGGCCACCUUUGGCAACACAAUGCCAGAAAGAUACAACAGAACAAUUGGGUGUGUCAGAUGCUCCCACCCUCCCCGUUAGAAGAAGACUGGCUUGGGAUGAAGGCAACACGGGUGAUCAGAUACAGAGAAGAAUGCAAGAAGAGAAAGAUGAAAAUGACAAGCAGGAUGGUGUUGAGAAGGACAAGGAAUUAGAAGAAAAUGAUAGUGAUGCCAGGAGAGACAGGAUCCAGGAAGGAGACGCUGCUUCCCUGCCGAGUGCUUCUGCAGACAGGUCGGAUUCUUCUUCUGUGUACUCGGGAAAAGGUGGCCGACUCCCCACUCCGAAGCUGAAAGAACUUGGUGGAGCCCCAAGGACUCAUCACGAUCUAACUACUCCAGCCGUUGGGGGUGCUGUGUUAGUGUCACCAUCUAAAGCGAAGUCUUCAUUCUCAGAACAUAGGAAAAAAAAGCCCUCUCCAGAUUUUUUAGGAGACACUUCAAAAAACGAAUCUAAUAGGAAAGAACUCGGGCCUAGACUCUUGUUGACUCCUCUAGCAGCUGGCAUGAAAACAGUGGAUCCCCUCCCUUUGAGAGAUGAGAUUGAAACCAGUAUUUCCAAACCUGAGGCAACUCAUCCAGGCCCAAAGCAUCCUGAGCAUUGCAUAAAAGUGCCCGUGCAGGGCACUCGGCCUCUCUGUGCUCCAUCUUACUGGAAUCCAUCUUGUCGCAUUCAGGGUUCGCUCAGGAACGCAGAGUUCCAGCAUAAUGGAAACCUUGCGAGCCCAAGAACAGGCCAUUACCAUUUACCUCACCAAGAAGUCAAUAAUGAUGAAGAUGAUGACAGAUUGUCCCAGAUCUCUGCUCGGUCUGCAGCCUCUAGUCUGAUGGCUUCUCAAACUUUGGCACGUGCUCAAAAAAGGAAGGAGAGUUUUUGGGGCAAAAAAUAGUGCUUUUUCUGGCAAGCUCUUUCCAUUUGGGGGGCUCUUGCUGGGAUUAUUUUUUUUCAUUCCGUAUGGAGUUGAGGUUUUUAAAGUAUUUGGGAUUUCUGUAUUUUGUGGGGAAGGGAAGGUUGGCUUUGUCUAGGGAUAUGAGUAAUUGUAUUCUAAUAGCCAUUUCAGUUCAGUCAUUUUAGUUUUUUUUCUUUAUGUAGACAAAGUGAAUUUCAAUUUAAAAUUAAUUGCCAUUUUAGACUUAUCUCAAAAGGUACUAAUGGAUUUACCUAGCCCUUCAUAUGUUCUGCACUUAACUAUUUGUCAUCAAGCAUAGUUGGUAGAAUUGAGAAUUACAUGGCUGUUACCAAGAGUAUUCUGAAAAGUUAAACUGUGUAAAACCUAAGAACUAAGUUUGAAAUGUGUGUUUUUGUAGAAUUGGUUACCCAUAUUUAUAAACUAAAGAUGACAUAAAUUGAAUUUGUGCUCACAAGCUUCACUUCUAGUUUUUAAAAAUUUUUUAUUCCUUCAGAAUAUAGUUACUCUGUUAGUAUGAUUAAAAUAAUUGUACUUAGGUUGGAAAUACAAACUGUAUAUAUAUUUUUUAUCUUAUAUAAGAAAGUUUGCUUAAAAUAUGUAUAUUUUUGGCCUCUGUGUUUUCCAUUUGUAUAAGAACUUUGUCUUACAUUUUAAUAAUGUUUGAAGGUGGAAAAGUUAUUUGUACAAUGAAGCAUUGAAACU